AUGGAGGGGAGGAAGGGGCACGGGCAGCAGCGCAGCCACCAGUGCGUUCAGCUCCUCCAGUGGGCGUACCUGGGGGAUAGGAGGGGGCAAUGCGGAGAGAGGGAGCAGGGUGGGGAGACCGUGGAGGGGGGAGAGGGGGAGAGAGGUGGGAGGAAGAAGAGCAGCAGCUUCGCCAGAAGGUGGGAAGAGAGUAGUUGGGAAGAGUGCAAAGGUUGGUCGGCGGGUCAGGGGGCAGAGGGGACACAGGCGGGUCAAGGGGUGAAAAGGGUAGAGAGGGCAAGGGGGGAGGGGGCGCUGGUUCUCCUUCCCUCACCUCCCAUCCCUUCUGCUCCCCUCUUUGCCCCUUCGCUUGCCCCUUAUCUUCUCCCUUUCUCCUCCCCCGCCUUUGCCUACCCACUCAUUUUCCAUCCACCUGCCUCACGUCCACUCUCUGACCCCCUUCCCUCACCUCUCCCAUGCACUCCGCUUCCUCCUCCCCCUUGCCCUCCAUCCCACACUACCCGGAUCACUCGAUUCUGCUUCGGUCUUCCUCUCCUUCCCUCGCCUUCCCACGUUGCUGCCUUCACCCGCACCUGCCCCUCCCCCUGCUCUCUCCCGCAUCCCAUCCCAUGCCCCCCCUCGUUCCUCGCUCAUGCCCCUCGUUCCCCCGCUCAUGCCCCUCGUUCCCCCGCUCAUGCCCUUCUACCCGCACCUCCCCCCGUCUCGUCCCCCCUGGAGCCCCUGACUCGCAGUCUCCCCCCUUCCCUCUCUCCCGCCCUUCCCCACCCCUCCGCAUGCCCCUUCUCCCUUCCUCCGCUCACUUGCUCCGCCCCCUGCUCCCCCUUCUCCCAUCCCUCCCCACGUUUCCGCCAAACCUUAACUACCUAUGCCCCCUCUCCCCUUCCCUCCCUGCGCCUCCCCUCCCCGCUCCCCCUCUCCUUCCCUGUCCACACUUCCGCCAAUCUACCCUCCCUCCCGCACUGGCGCCCACACCAAUUUGCGCGAGCUUUCGAAGAAGCGGCGGAAGGGGCUCGCACCGAGCGCAGAGGUGGUGGCGCCGGCUUUGGCGCUGGUGGCAGCAGAGAGGGAAUGUUCCAGGCGGGGCGCAAUUGGCUAAGUGACCCCCUCCUCCACCAGCAGGCACUUGAGCAACCUGUGCGUCCCAUGGGUGUGCGUACAGCCCCUACACUUUCUUCCCACCACUCACGAAUCAACUGCUUCCUGCCCUUCCUGCCCACCCCCCCACAGCUCCCUCGCAUUCUCUGCCUCUGCUCGCACGCUCCUAAGCAGUCUGUGCGCCCCAUUGUCAUCCAGAAUGGCUACGGAACUCACCCGGCAGCACAGCACGAGAGGUUCAAGGCCUGGCAGAAAGACAAGAGAGGGGAGAAUGCAGGGUGGAGCGUGGAUUACAUUCGCGCGCGCAUUCUAAAGGAGGACUUGCGGCGGCGGAGUGUGGAGUGCUCGGAGGAGAGGGCUGGCUAUGGAGUUGGAGGUGGAAAGAGUGGCUUCAAGAAGAAGUGGAAGGGCAAAAAAAAGGACAACCCUAAGGAGGAUGGCGGCGGGGGUCAAGGGGAGGUGUGCUUCUACUGCAAGAAGCGCGGACAUCGUUGGCGGAAGUGCUACCAACGACCCAAGGAUUGGACCCCGCCUUCAUCAAGCAACCAGCGUGGUGGCACGAGGAGUGGGGGAGUUAUGGGAACUAGUGGAGAGGAGAAGGAGGAGGAGAAAGGCGGCAAAUCUGAGGAGCGUAAGGCCGGGUUCUUCUUCUUCGUGAACGAAGGCACAACCGACCUCGCUAUGGCUGCCAAGGACUGGCAGCAGCAGCAGCAGGUGCAGAUUGGCUUGCGUCUGCAGGAGAUUGAGCGGUCUGCAGUGGAGGAGGUUCAGCUGCACCUUGAGGAUCUCCCUGGGUCAGAGCUGACCAGUGACCACAGUGGCGGUGGUGAGCAGCAGGUUUCUGGUCCUGCUGCAGAGGAGGGGUUGGAGGAUGAGUCGGCACGUGUGGACUCACCAUCUCAGCCCGAGCCUGCUGCAACCGCCAAGGUCACCAAGAGGAGUGUGCAGAGAGGAGCUUCACCACAUGGGCAGCAGAUUGCAACCCGCGAGAAGAGAGUGGCAGCAGCACCCUCAAGGCUAAAGUAUAGCCGUUUGUAA